GCGCGCCUUUUAACGCAUCUGACAGUUGGCUCUUCGACUCAGCUGCAGUCGGGUUACCGGAUCAAUCUGAGGCACUCCCUGCUUUCCUAGUUACGCCGAGGCUUCAGAUCCUUUGACAGAUUUUAACAUCACGUGACAUAGAAGUUGCCACAGAAAGAUCGCGAAGUGUACCUGCGGUCUUCGACUUGGGUUUAUAAGAAACAUCGAAGUCUUCUGCUGCUUAGUCAGGCGCCCAUAAAGCCGGCCAACACUAAUCUCAUAGCUUCAGUUACUCGCCGGACGAUCUCCACUACAGCUGCUGAUAUACUCAUCACUUGCAUAUGCGAGAGAACGAAAAGUGAGAUCUGGAACAUCAGCACCGUUUUGGUGUGCCGUAUUUGAUUGUGAGAGAGCAUAUCCAGAAUGAACAAGCUGUGUCGGCAAGUGAGCAUCGAGAGCCCGGGGCCGAGUAUUAAGGACUGCGUCUUCAGCUUCGAAGUUCCCGUCCCCGAUGUGCCGCCUAUGGGUGCGCGAAUCAGGGUAGUGUGCGCCGGAGCCUGCUACCGGCGGCGCUCGCCGUCCGUGUCCUCGAUGUCGUCGGUGUCGUCGCAGGAGUCGACAUCGCAGGAGCCGACGCAGAGCCCGGCGCACUACGGCGUGCGCGACGGCGCGCUCUUCCCGGGCUACGAGGUGGCCGGGAUCGUCGAGUCGCUGGGCGAGCGCGCGGACCCCGCCACAGCCGGCCCCGGGGGGCUCUCCGUCGGAGACCACGUCGUGCUCUACCCCUACGAGGGCGUUCCCAACGGAUAUGCUGAGUACAUUACUGUGCCUGAGCUGAAAUAUUUGGUGAAGAUUCCUGAGAGCAUACCAUUAAGUGUCGCUGCAAUGCUUCCUACAGGAGCACUUUUAGCAAUGAAUACUGUGACAUCAGCACACCAGUAUGUUGAAAGUAUAUUGCAGAAACGCGAUGAAAAUGGAAAGUGCAAGAUUCUCAUUGUGGGAACGGGAGGACUUGCCUUGUGGGCAAUGCGUAUUGCAUCGUAUAAGUACAGUAGCACAAAGGACAGAGUUCAACUAACAGUUGCUUCUCUCAAGGAUGAAGGCUUUGUUUUGGCAAAGGAACGUGAAAGGGUUAAUGUUGUGCAGUGGAAUGAAGACCUUUAUGAAAAGCAGUUAAUUGAACGUACAAAGGAUGCUUGUGAAGGAGAGGUUGAUAUUGUGAUUGACUUUGGAACAACAUCCAGAAGUCUUCAUCGAUCAUUACAGUGCCUUGCAAAGGGUGGUGUUGUGUUCAUUAGUGCUGAAGUGGCAAGCAAGUUGCUGCCUAAAUUUAGCCGAAAAGCAGAAGAAAACCAACAUACCAUCAAGGCUGUUGACACAGGUUCAAUUGAGCAACUCCAGGAACUUGUAAGAUUAGUAGCUUGUGGAGAGAUUGAGCCUCCGCCACACACAGUCUUCCCUGCAGAAGAGGCCUGUGAAGUUAUCAAGAAGCUGUGUCAUGCUGAAAUACAAGGUCGAGCAAUAUUGCAGUUUCAUUCCAGGGAUUAAGUAGUCCCAGCUUCAAGAUCUGAUUUACUGGGCUUUUUCCUUCCCAACACAAUAUAUGAUCAGUGUAUGUAGAGCUUUGUCAUCAUUCAUAGUUGAAAAAAUGUAGUAGUAUGCUGCACAGUCUGGUUGUAACUCUUGUGAUUUCACAGAAAAUGUAUUACAAAAGUGAGAAAAACCAAAAAACUAAAAUUUUCAUUCAUUUGAAGAAUAUGUGACAAGAAAGUAAAAAUCUCAAUUGUCCAUCCAGUGUGUGGUGUAUGAAUAAAAAUGUAGGUCCUCCACUACUUUAGGAGUGAAUGUUAGGGUAAUGUCUACAAAUUCUCAUAAAUUUUAUUGUGCUGUAUAACAUUAAAAAAUAUGUUACUCACUGUCAGCAUUGUAAGUUUAAUAAUAAUAUAUGUAUUAAAUUUUUGUAUUAUUGUGUUUGUAAUGUGAAAUUAGUGUAGUAUGAGCUGUGAAAAUAUUUGUAAAUAGCACUCAUUAUUAUUUCAUUCUCAUUCUGCAAGCAUUAUUACUUCAAAUAUUAUUAUGAUGAAACUGAUACCCACCUGUCUCCUUUUCAAAUAGCUUAUAACACUUUUUAGUAGUCUCAAUAUGAAACAGAAAGACUGACUGAUGCUGUUCAGCAUUACAGGUUUUAAAAGGAAACCAAAAGAUCUAACAUAUUUUUGCUUCAGGUAUUUUUUCCAUAUCUAGACAUGUAGUUAUAUUUUUUUUAUAUAACAAUGAAAUGUUCUGUAUGCUUCAUAAUACAUAUAGGUCAGCAAAAGCACAAAUGCUAACAAAAUGUGUCCAAAAACAAGCAAGGAAUUUUUUUACAAAAUCCCUGAAUAAAUUUAAAAUAAUUUUGUUGGGAUUAUUUAAUAUGUUGACAAAAAAGAUAGUUGAUACAAACUACUUGCAGCUGGAAAACAUGAAGGGGAGACCGUAGUCACAAACGAUGCAAUGGAACGUUAAUGUAGUACUAUCAGAAUUUAAUAAAGUGUAUUUAUUAUCUGUUGA